AUGGAAACCGCCGGGUCGAGGCUCGUGAGUUUCGAUGAUAGCAAGACGGUUCAAACGUGCUUACUUCUCCAGAUUUCCCCAGACAUGCAUAUCGAUCUAAGGCAUGGUGAAAGCUCGAUUCAAAGCCUCACUCGUGACGACGCCGCUUGCCAGCCUCGAGGAGAGUUUUUGAAAGCAGGUGGAGGCCGCGGCGAGGCUGGCUGUAGUCUUCUGGGGCAGCAGGAAAUGAUGACGGGUUCGAGAGGUGAAGUCUCAAUAGAUCUAUUUCUCACGACCACCUUCUUAAAUCAUCUCGAUACACAUCCAUCGCCCAUUUUCUCUUUCAUCGUCCUCUCUAACACCUUCCCAUCAAUCCACGCCACCAAUACACCUCGACUCGAGGAUCCUAAAUUUGAGCGAGGCGUCCCGCUUCGCAGGUCUAGAUCUCUGAGUGAGCCACUGAACUGCAAAGAAUGUCAAAUCGUCGGGCAGGAACGAGCCGCGUACAGAAGUAUUCGAUGGAAAGACCUGUCUACUUCUUAUAACUACUGCGUCGGAGCAAUGAGUACGAGCCACCGGCGGAUAACGUUGGACAAUUUGAUAUCCACGAAGACGAUGCUUGCGAUCUUGUGUGGCCAUGAGGUUGUGAAUGAGAGUACAGAUGAAUCGAAUGUGUACACGAGCAUCUUGGCGAUCGGAGGAAAUGCAGGUCUUCAGAUCUCAGAAUCCUCGCCCACGUUCAAUCUCCAGCAUGCCACGCGAGAAGGCGUUUGGUACCUGUGGUUUAUGCGCCUGGUAGCUCCCGCGGUCCGUUCUGACGGCAGACGAUGCCCAGUUCUUCCGUGGUUCCACAAGUUCGACACUGAGGCUACUGACCGCACGAACGGCAUGCGAUUCAUGGAGACUUGGCGACUUCAAACAUCGAUCGUGGUUGUCAGCAAAAGCAAAAGUGCCGACGAGGGCUGA